UGAAACGUUGCAAUAUCCCUCCCCAGUCCCUCCAGUAGUUUUCGGGACCUCGGGGAUUUUGUGCGGCUGGCAGCCCCUCUGUCAGGACCCUUUCUCUGUCCAGCUGUGGUGUGCUCUACCGUAAAGUUCAUGACGGUUGCUGACGGUGACACUUUAGCGCUCAUCAUGCCUGUCCGAGCAGAGUGCUGCAGCACCACCGGCUCGGCCUGUCCAUCCUCGGCCUCUCUUGUUCCUCCUGCCCCGAUCAACACCUACCAGCCGGGGGUGGCCACCUCGCUGCUGUACAGCGGCUCACAGUUUCGGGGCUAUCAGAAGAGCAAAGGCAACUCAUACGACGUUGAGGUUGUUAUGCAGCAUGUGACUGUGGAGGACUCAUAUUUGUGUGGAUACCUGAAGAUCAAAGGCCUGACUGAGGAGUAUCCAACUCUCACAACAUUCUUUGCUGGUGAAAUUAUUAGCAGAAAAAGGCCUUUUUUAACCAGGAAGUGGGACGCAGAUGAGGACGUGGACAGAAAGCACUGGGGCAAGUUUCAGCCUUUUUACAAAUUUGCCAAAAGCUUCAACUCGGACGACUUUGACUAUGAAGCACUGGAAAACAGUGAUUAUGUCUUCAUGAGGUGGAAGGAGCAGUUCCUAGUACCAGACCACACUAUCAAAGACAUUAGCGGUGCCUCCUUCGCUGGCUUCUAUUACAUCUGUUUCCAGAAGUCCACAGCCACUAUAGAAGGGUAUUAUUACCAUAGGAGCUCAGAAUGGUACCAGUCUCUAAACCUAAACCAUGUCCGAGAGCACAGUAUGCCUAUUUAUGAGUUUCGGUGACAAACGCACACAAGAGUUUCAAGUCGAGGAGGGGGCGGUUCACACUGCCCCGUGGUUAAAUGGGACGGGAACUACGGAGAGCCCUUUAGUGCCAAGAUUGGAGCUGACCCAUUUUCCGCUGUGAGGAAAUAAAACAUGUGGUCAGACACUCUUCUGAUGGACUGAGAGGAAGAGGGCACGGAGAGAGAAGAGUUGAAAGGAAGACAAAGAUCAGCGACAGAUGGACGGUUCUUACAGUCACUGUGGAACUCAUGUUUACCUCAGAUUUCAUUUUUUUAAUUUUGUCCUUUUUUUGGUCUGUUUAUUUGAACUCUGUGCUACCUGAUUUCUUUGCGCUCUCAUAGGAUAUGACUCCCUGUCGAUGGACAUUGAAGUAUGUUUUCCUUCAGCAGAGACACGCAACAUAAUUGCCUUUCAGCUUAGAGUUGCAAAAGAAAAGAGUCUAAAUGGUAUACAUUUUGUGGAAAGAGUUUGUUCAGUCAAGCUUAAUUUAAAUAAUCUUUUAAAUAUACGACAAUAUCACUUUGAUGCCUCAGAGUGUUAAAUGCAGAGUAUGAUGGUGGGGUUGUUGCCAAAAGGUUGCAAAAGUAGCAGUGAUGAGCAAUGAUCUAGUUUUUAUGCAAGGUCUGUGGGACUGUAAGGUAUGGUCUGUUGCUCAGGGAUGGUGUGUUGAGCAAUACGUCUUCAGUGACUGAAAACCAACAGCUGAAUGUGAGAGUAAGAUUACAGUGAUGUUGACCUCCGAACAGGUCGUUAAAAGGUCCAGUGUGUAGGAUUUAUGGCAGAAAGGGAAUAUAAUAUAACACGUAUGUUCACUUUGGUGUAUGAUGACCUGAAAAUAAGAAUUUUGUUUUCCUUACCUUUUUAUAAGGAGCUGUUUGUAUCUAUAUAGGGUGCAGGUCCUCACCUGCUGAGCCCACGGUGUUGCACCACCAUGUUUCUACAGUAGCCCAGAAUGAACAAACCAAACACCAGAUAGGGCCUUUCGUGCUUUCAUUUUGGCUACUGAAGUUAGUAGGAUGACGAGCUAAACAGUGUCGGAAAAACACAGAUUUUUGAUGUAAAACUGCUUUAUCUGGUGUUUUUACCGGUUUAAAUCAUCAGUGCAUUUGUUUUGGAGAGGAAGAGACCUCUGCAGAUAAUUCGGCUCCUGGUAAAACCUCCUGAAUGUCUCUAGCUUAAGUUAUCAAAGGAGAAAGGUGAGCACACAUUAGCAGGUGCUGGGCUAGCUGGGCCAAACAGCAUCAAUCAAACACUGAUUUGUAACUUGAUUGGUUUUGAUCACCAUGUCUGUCUGUUAUCGAGAUGAAGAAAACUCUAAAAACCUCCUAAAAUUCAAAAGUGAAGGAAUCCUUAUUAAGAGUUCUAGUUUGGCACAUGGGAGAAGUUUCAGCUGGUUGCAAUCUGCAAUCCUCACCACUAGAUGCCACUGAAUCCUACACACUGCUCCUUUAACGGCCAAUAAUAUCCAAGCUGCUUUUUCAAACACAGUUGUCUCAACAAAAGUCUUCACAUGGCUUCACAUCCAGAUUUCUCUAUGCAAGCCAAAGGUCUCUGAUAGGUAGGAUUUCUAACAGCACCUAACUUAUUUUAUUUUCAGAUGAUUUAUCUUCCAGAGUAAUUUAUUUAUUUUUAAAACAAGAACGACCAGUCAAAUAACAGAAAAACAAGAAGUAGAUAAUUACAGUUGCCAGCGUUUGAAGCUCAGACAUGUGACUGUACAUUCCAACUCAAUUAGUUUCAAAAUGUAGAUUUUCAGUUGCGUAGUUGGUGUCGCCAAAUGGUAGACCAGAAGAUUAGAGAUUUUGUGGCACGUGUUGAGUUUGACUAACUGGACGACGAAAGCAAUGCAGUGAUUUGAAUGUUUAUCUUGAGUGCAGUCUGUCUGGAUACAAUCUCAGUUUUUGUUCUAGAAGCAAUUAAAUGUGUCUGAGUUUAUUUUAGUGCAUUUUUGUCUGAACCUCUAAACAAAGGCACAGCAGUUGGAUGACAUGGAAGAAGCUUCACAUAACAUGCUUAUCUGUAUAAAAAGCACCUUUUGUGGCUCAUGGAGAAAAGUUUAAAAUAGGAAAGCGAUGGAGGAAGAAUAAAACCUCCUUUGAAGCUGCCUUACACUUUUAAAUGUUUGUAAAGCUCUUUUUUUUAAAGAACAAUUAUUAGGCUAGUAAUGUUUUAUUUGAAUCAUGAAAGUAUAUUUGUGUUGGAGAGAAACUGUGCAAAAAGAAUGACGGAACUUUUUAUCAGCCUGAAGGUUCGUCUUGAUAUAAAAGUCACGUGUUGGAGAGUGCAUGUACUCCGCCUGCCUCUGUGUUGCUUCUAGACUUUCAGCUGACUCAGUCGCUUGCAGCAUGACAAGUGGAUUUGACGGGUUGUGGGAAUGGUGUUGGCACUAUAAUUGUUUGUGUUUUUUUAACUCAAGUGUGCAGAAUGAAGAUGUUUCAAUCCGAAUGACUUCAUACAGAAUGUGCAAUGUAAGAAACAGAUGUUUAUUUGGGAUUGUGUCGUUAAAAGUCUUGACUGAAUCCACCUGAUGUAAAGAAGAUGAUGUAUGAUAAAUCAGCUAUGAGUACAUUGUGAGAGGAGAAAUAAAGAGUGAACUAUUUCAUACACA